CGCCUCUCAGGCCGCGUCGGGGAGCACUCACACCCCGCUGUCGGCGUUUAGCGGAUGGGGCUCUCGGCUUGAGCCGCCGGAGGAGGAGGAGGAGGAGGAGGAGGAGGAAGAGGAGGAGGAGGAAAGAUGACCGGUAACCCGUGCGCCCGCAGGCCGGCCCGGCGCUCCAGGUCCGCGCUGCUGAUCGCCGCCCUGGCCGUCCUGCUGGUGCAGACCCUCAUCGUGUGGAACUUCAGCAGCCUGGACUCCGCCGGCGGGGACGGAGGCGCCAGGAGCCGGGAGAAGCGAGAGGAGGACCGGGCGGGGGGGCUCCGCAAAGCCGACGGGCGGCCGCAGAAGAGGGGCGACCCGCGCCACCGGCUGCAGACGGACGUGUACCGCUCCCACCGGCCCAAAGAGAAGCUCCGGCCCGACAGCAACAACAACGAGAACUCCGUCCCCAUCGACAGCAACAGCAACCUGGCAGCUCGGCCCCAACGCCCGCGGGCGCCGCCCCCCCACGCCAAGCGCAAGCUGGACAAGGCCCAAAGCAUGCUGGGAAAACCCGCCAACGAGGUCCUGAAGUUGCCCCCUUUCCAGCCGCGGGGGGCGCCCCACCUCCACAACCACACCCGCGCCCGCGUCCGCAAGCCCCACCCACAGGCGCCAACGGCCCCGGCGCCGGUCGGGGGGUCCGACCGCGAGCCGGCACACGGGUCGUCCUCGCCGCCCGGUUUGGAGCCGAGGAGGGCGCCGCCGCGCUGCGAGGUCAGCGGGAAGGAGGCCAUCUCCGCCCUGUCCCGCGCCCAGAGCCGAGAGUGCCGGCAGCAGAUCGUGGAGGUCUACUGCCGCCACAGAGACGGGGCGCUGAUGCCCCAGAAAGUGCCGCGCUACUGUCCCAUCGAAGGGAAGGCGAAUGUCAACGUGCAGUGGGACGAGGACCCCCCGGACGCCGCCCGCCUCCCCCCGGCCCGGAUCGCCUUCGUCCUGGUGGUCCACGGCCGAGGCUCGCGCCAGUUCCAGCGCCUCUUCAAAGCCAUCUACCACACCUCGCACUACUACUACAUCCACGUGGACCUGAGGUCCAACUACCUCUACAGAGAGGUCCUCUCUCUGGCCGGCCGCUACCCCAACGUCCGGGUGACCCCCUGGAGGAUGUCCACCAUCUGGGGCGGGGCCAGCCUGCUCACCAUGUACCUACGCAGCAUGGAGGACCUUCUCCAGAUGUCCGACUGGUCCUGGGACUUCUUCAUCAACCUCAGCGCUGCAGACUACCCCAUCAGGACCAAUGAACAGCUGGUGUCUUUCCUCUCAAAGUACCGCAACAGGAACUUCAUCAAAUCCCACGGCAGAGACAACGCACGCUUCAUCCGUAAACAGGGUCUGGACCGCCUCUUCUACGAGUGCGACACCCACAUGUGGCGCCUCGGGGACCGAAAGAUCCCAGAAGGCAUUGCGGUGGACGGAGGCUCUGAUUGGUUCCUGCUCAACCGGGCCUUCGUGGACUACGUGGUCAACUCCCGGGACGAGCUGGUGGGCAGCAUGAAGCGCUUCUACGCCUACACGCUGCUGCCCGCCGAGUCCUUCUUCCACACGGUGCUGGAGAACAGCGGCCACUGCCAGACCAUGGUGGACAACAACCUGCGGCUCACCAACUGGAACCGCAAGCUGGGCUGCAAGUGCCAGUACAAGCACAUCGUGGACUGGUGCGGCUGCUCGCCCAACGACUUCAAGCCCGCCGACCUGCCGCGCUUCCAGCAAGCCUCCAGACCCACCUUCUUCGCCCGGAAGUUCGAGGCCAGCGUGAGCCAGGAGGUGGUCAACCAGCUGGACGCCUUCCUGUUCGGGGCCCCCGCCCCGGGCACGCCGGGCCUCCACGCCUACUGGGAGAACGUGUACGAGCAGGAGACGGACGGCCCGGCCGGCCUGGCGGACGCCGUGCUCAGCCACUACCACGCCUUCGCCCGGAUGGGACUGUCCCGCGCCGCCGGCUCGCUGCAGGGACACCCCGACGACAACAGCUGCAGGUUCGAGGCGCUGAACCACCCGCUGUCCGUCCACCUCUACUUCCUGUCGGACACGUUCCAGGGCUACCUGGUGCGUCACCUGGCCACCAACCAGGCCUCCGGCCAGCCGGAGAGCCUGGAGACCUGGGUGACCGCCAAAGACCACUUCACCCCGGCCAGCCCCCCCCACCCCAGCAACCGGCUGCAGCACGCGCAGGUGGGGGCGGACUGGGAUCCCAAGGAGCGCCUCUUCAGGAACUGGGGGGGUCUGUUGGGGCCCGCGGACGAGCCGGUGGCCGUGCAGCGCUGGAGCCGCAGCCAGAGCAACCUGACGGCCACGGUGGUGUGGAUCGACCCCACCAACGUCAUCGCCGCCACCUACGACAUCCUGGUGGACGCCUCGGCGGAGGUCACCCACUACCGGCCCCCGCUCAGCCCCCCGCUGAGGCCCGGGCUGUGGACGCUGAGGCUGCUGCACCACUGGAACCUGCUGGGUCAGACCACCUUCGUGGUGGCGCCGCUGGAGUUCCACCGACAGCAGCCGGUAGCGCGAGAGGAGGCUCUGCGGCUGCACGGCGGCCCGGCCAGGAACUCCUACAUGGAGCAGAGCUUCCACGGCCUGAACCCGGUGCUCCGGCUGCCGGUGAGCUUGGGCGCCGUGGAGGAGGCCGAGGCCAACGCCGGCCUGACGGGGGCUCCGCUGCGCCGCUGGCUGGACGGGCUGCUGGGGGGCCACUGGUCCGCCGCCGACGUCUGCUCCAUGGGACCCAGCGCCUGCCCCGUCAUGCAGCGCUGCCCCCACACCGCCUGGAGCUCGGCCAGCCCCGACCCCAAGUCGGACCUGCCCCCCCCCGGAGAGGACGGGCGGAUCAGGUAGCAGGCGGACGGACCCGGAGGGGCAAGAGGAACAAAUGAAGGAAGGAACGGGGCCGACGUCCUGCUUUUGUCUCAUAUUUAUUUAUUUAAAGUUUGAGGUGAAACAAAGUGAACGAAUCAAAGGGACAAGACGUGUGUGUGUGUGUGUGUGUGAGAGUGAGAGUGCGUGCGUGCGUGUGUGUGUGUGUGCGUGUGAGUGUGCGCGUGUGUGUGUGCCUGUGUGUGUGUGUGUGUCGUGCUCGUGAAGGAAGGACGUGGCCGCUCAUUUUUAGGCCCAAGGCUUUUUUUUUUAACAGAUUAUCAGAUUUAUUUGAUCUUAUUCAGUUUACAGUUUUAUUAAAAUGGUUGAAAUCAUUAAAAGCACUUUAACAACAAACACUGAAAAAUAUUAAAAUGUUUAGUAGUGUUUUAGUUUUUUUUCAUUUGAAUAUUUCGGCAUGCAGUGAAAUGCAGUAACACAACGUGAGAAUAAUAUUAACAAGUUCUGCAUUCAGAAAAUAAAGAAGGAAAGAACUUGUUUUGUAUAAUUUAUACUUUUCAGAGGUUUAUAUAAAACCAUUUGAAAGGCUGCGAUUAGUUUUUAGUUUGUUUGUAAAGGCUUUAUUUGAGUUACGUGAUGAUGCUUUUAACCAUAAAGUCAAAGAUGAAAGUAAAACGUCCGUCAGCAUUCAGCAAGUACAAGUUCUUCAAACCCACGUUGUAAAGUUCAUGUCUGACAGCGACCAAAGCUUUUAGUUGACGUGAUAAUUAUGUAAAUUUACACGUCCUCCACGUCCAGCAGCUCUUAUUUCAUCCAUAGAGGGUUUUUGUGAAUGUUCAUUUUACUGUUUAAGAACAUUAGUUGACAGUUGAGUGAGAUUUGUAAUUGUCUUUGUUGUUGAAUCCGUGUGUGUUUGUCACAGAUUGUAAACACAACAUGUAUUAUUUUUGUAAGAGUUCACACGUUGUUUCCCUUUUUAUAAAGAACUUGUUUUGUCUUUGACAAGGCGAAUAGAGGACAGCUCUCUGGACGCAGAGACACGAGGACUUGUCUUUGAGACAUUUUGAUGACGGUGAUGUCGAUAAAAGCUUCAGACUGGAGAUUUGAUUUUAUUCAUCGUUCUCUCUGCGUGGGAGUCGUGUUGUGCCUUAGAUGUUCUUGUUUUAGGAAGUCCUCUCUGAAACCAUCUCAAAUGUACACAAAUACAAAAGAAUUGUGGUGAAUGCCUUAUGAAAGACCGCAGCGGUUUCAAGUAGUUUUUGAAAAUAAAACAAUCUCCCUUUAAA